AAGCUCACAUCAAGUGAUUAAGCAAGAACACUUGAAUUAAUUACGUACUCAUAAGUGUAACUAAUUAGCUAGAACUGUGAGUGUGUGCGGUGUGCCAUGGCGGCUUCUUCCAGGAGUAGCUGGCAUUGCUGCUUGGUGGCCUUCUUCCUCCUCUCCUCCGCGGCGCACGGGCAGCUGUCGACAUCGUUCUACGCGGCGAGCUGCCCGACGCUGCAGCUCGUGGUGCGCGCCACCGUGCUCAGGGCGCUCCUCGCAGAGCGCCGGAUGGGCGCCUCCCUCAUCCGGCUCUUCUUCCACGACUGCUUCGUCCAGGGCUGCGACGCGUCCAUCCUCCUGGACGACGUGCCGGCGACCAACUUCGUCGGCGAGAAGACGGCGUUCCCGAACGUGAACUCCGUGCGCGGCUACGACGUCAUCGACCAGAUCAAGAGGAACGUCGAGCUCGUCUGCCCCGGCGUCGUCUCCUGCGCCGACAUCACCGCUCUCGCCGCGCGCGACAGCACCGCCCUGCUCGGCGGGCCAAGCUGGGCGGUGCCGCUCGGCCGGCGGGACUCGACGACGGCGAGCCUGAGCAUCGCGAACACCGACCUGCCGGGGCCGGCGAGCGACCUCGCCACGCUCAUCACGGGCUUCGGCAACAAGGGCCUCAGCCCGCGCGACCUGACGGCGCUCUCCGGCGCGCACACCAUCGGCUUCUCCCAGUGCGCCAACUUCCGCGACCGCAUCUACAACGACACCAACAUCGACCCGGCGUUCGCCGCGCUCCGCCGCGGCGGCUGCCCCGCCGCCGCCGGCACCGGCGACUCCAACCUGGCGCCGCUCGACGUGCAGACGCAGAACGCGUUCGACAACGCCUACUACAGCAAUCUGCUCGCCCGGCGCGGCCUCCUCCACUCCGACCAGGUGCUCUUCAACGGCGGCUCGCAGGACGCGCUGGUGCAGCAGUACAGCGCCAGCCCGGCGCUCUUCGCCGCCGACUUCGCCGCCGCCAUGAUAAAGAUGGGGAACAUCAGCCCGCUCACCGGAGCCGCCGGCCAGAUCAGGCGCAACUGCAGGGCCGUGAACAGCGGCUGAUUGCUAAUUAUUCAGUGUGAUUAAUUAAUUAAGGCAUACUUAAGCAAACAAGCAAGCAUGAUGAGUUCAUGGCGAUUUGCAGUACGUUUGGUGUUGGUUACAAAGGUGACCAGGCCAUAUAUGAUACAUGGAAGAAUAAGGACGCUCGAAGUUCACAUACAUAUGACCUAAUCUAGGGUUGAAAACCCCAAGGGUCAUUGAUUAUUUAUCGUGUACACUGAAGUUGUCAAACUUGUAAUAUCAUGGAGUGAUCUACAUGUUUU